AUGGCUCCCUCACACGCCAAGGGAGCCCCGCGCUCAGUCAGGUUCUCCAAUAACGCGUUACUCGAACAGUCAACAUCUGACGAAAGCUGGCAACAUGAUGGCAGUGAUACACCAAGUGGAGACGAAUCAUUCAACGGGAAUGAAGCCAACGUGGAACUUUCGCUAUUGAAAACAGACGAGCUACAGCCUUCGAGCUCCAAAUCGAAUGACCCAGCCUCCAAUUCAAUCGACGUACACGAGAACGAACGCGACGUUUCGAGACGCAUUGAAGAGCUUCUUGCCUCAGAUCGCAACUUCCUCCCCGAUGCGUUCGACACAGAUUUGGAAGACGGGGAUUCGACCAGAUCAUCUCUUGCUCUCAGCGACGACUACGGUCUCCCAUCGGACAAGGGAUGGUUGUUGAAACGCGGCAAGAGUGAAGAUGAUACCAAGCGCUUUGAUUGGAGGUCGUUAUUUCGUCUGCACUCGUGGUGGAACGUCCUCGCCCUACUUGCAAUCGCUAUAGUGGUUGUGUGGCUUUCGAUCAAGGGUCUACCUUGGUCCUCUGCUGAAUCGGCCAAGGGUGAAUUUACACAGGAAACCGACGCCUGGUACCCCACACCCCGUGGUGGCACUAUCGAACAGUGGAAGAAAAGCUAUGUGAAGGCUCAAGAAAUGGUCAGGGCAAUGUCCCUCGCGGAGAAAGUGAACGUUACAACCGGGACGGGCUGGCAAAUGGGACUCUGUGUUGGAAAUACCGGACCCGCGGAACUUGUCAAAUUUCCCUCGCUUUGCCUACAAGAUGGCCCACUAGGACUCAGAUACGCGCGACAAAUCACAGCAUUUCCCGCUGGGAUUACCACAGGGGCUACCUGGAACCGAGAGCUGAUGCACCUGCGGGGCUCUGCACUUGGAAAUGAAGCGCGGCUAAAAGGAGUGAACGUCAUUCUCGGGCCUUCCAUGGGGCCACUCGGUCUGAUGCCCGCUGGAGGUCGUAAUUGGGAGGCAUUCGGAUCGGACCCAGUACUCCAGGGUGUGGCUGCCGCAGAAACCAUCCGGGGUAUACAGCGAAAUGGAGUCAUGGCCACGGCUAAACACUUUGUGGGAAAUGAGCAAGAGCACUUCCGACAGUCCUUUGAGUGGGGACUGCCAGAUGCACUGUCGUCCAACAUCAAUGAUCGUGUAUUACACGAGGUCUUCGCCUGGCCAUUUGCCGAGAGUAUACGGGCCGACGUGGCUAGCAUCAUGUGUUCUUACCAGAUGGUCAACAACACUUACGCAUGCGAGAACAGCAAAUUGAUCAAUAGUAUUCUCAAGGACGAACUCGGCUUCCAGGGGUUUGUCCAGUCAGACUGGCUAGCUCAGCGCUCAGGCGUAAACAGCGCGAUUGGUGGUCUGGAUAUGAGCAUGCCUGGUGAUGGUCUGCAUUGGACUGAUGGUGUUCCACUGUGGGGAAGUGAACUGACACGCGCAGCAUUGAAUACCUCCGUUCCCAUGGAGCGGUUAAAUGAUAUGGUCACUCGCAUCGUUGCUGCUUGGUAUCACUUACGACAAGAUUCAUGGGAAAGACCUGCGCCAGAAGGAGAUGGCGGUCCAAACUUUUCGUCUUGGACACAAGAGCGAGUUGGACAUCUACACGAAGGAUCGCCAGAUAAUGACGCUACCGGUGUGGUCAAUAAAUAUGUUGACGCGCAGGGUAAUGGCCUUCACGCACAUUCUGGUAUUGCUCGCCAGGUUGCAGCAGAGGGAACUGUUCUCCUAAAGAACAUGAACAACACGCUUCCUCUCUCACGCGAGCACCCUGUCUCAAUUAGGAAAUACAAGAUUGGUGUUUAUGGCGAAGAUGCAGGCCCAGGGGAAGGCCCAAAUGCUUGUGCAGACAGAGGGUGCAACAAAGGCACUCUGGGUUCUGGUUGGGGAAGCGGAGCUGUAGACUUCCCCUACCUGGUUAGUCCGUGGGAGGCAUUGAAAGACGCGUGGUCGACGGACUCUGUUGAUGUUCGAGACUACUUGACCAAUAACGUCGGACGCGAGGACCUUGUAGAGCAGGAUCUCUGUUUGGUUUUCGUAAAUGCCGACGGAGGCGAAGGAUUCAUCCGCAGCGAUGGCGUCGAUGCUGACCGAAGCAACCUGUCUCUGCAAAAGAAUGGCACUGAGCUGGUAGAAGGAGUGGCCAAAUAUUGCGGCGGCGGCCAAGGCAAAACAGUUGUCAUUGUGCACUCCAUCGGUCCAGUUGUUAUGGAGUCUUGGAUUGACCUUCCUGGGGUACAAGCUGUGCUGUAUGCUAACUUACCCGGACAAGAAAGCGGAAAUGCCAUUGUGGAUGUGCUGUUUGGUGAGAUUGACGCCAGUGGCCGACUGCCAUAUACCAUCGGACGAAGUUUGGAAGACUAUGGCCCAGGAGCUCAAGUGAAAUAUGAACAUGAAGACUCAUCAGUGCCACAAGUCGACCUCAACCAGGGUCUCUAUAUCGACUAUCGCUAUUUUGACAAGUUCAACAUCACUCCACGGUUCGAGUUUGGGUUUGGCCUAUCUUACACAACCUUCGAUUACUCUACUCUUACCAUUGAAAGGCUGCAGAAAAAGACCCAGUAUCCCUCUGCUCGCCCGGGAAAUCAAGUCGAGCCCCCAGAAUACGACAACAGGCGGGAUAACCCCUUCACUGGUCUGUUCCCUGCCGGAUUCCGCGCUCUCCGCACAUACAUUUAUCCCUACCUUGAGUCGUUGGAGGGAACAGACCCCGGCCCAUACUCUUACCCGGAAGGGUAUAACAAACACCAUCAACCAUCUGCUGCAGGUGGUGGACCAGGCGGCAAUCCCUCACUCUACGAAGCGAUGCUCGAGCUCUCUAUUGACGUCACCAACACCGGUUCCCGAACCGGACAAGACGUGGUGCAGGUGUACGUCUCUUUCCCCGAAGACGUCGCCGAACACCGUGGACUAGGCUGGUCCCGGGAGACGAUCGAGUUCCCUGAACGAGUUCUACGGAACUUUGAGAAAAUCGCCCUGCAACCAGGUGAGACCAGGACGGUCAAGUUGUCUUUGACUCGGAAAGAUCUCAGUUACUGGAGUGUUCGUUCGCAGAACUGGAUUCUUCCGACAGAGGGCAAGUUCCGAAUUUGGGCUGGGCGGAGUUCUAGAGAUUUACCACUUGUGGUGGAAUUUUGA